AGCACGCUCUGUUUUCAUGAAAGGAGUUUGCUUCUUUUGUUCAUCUUUAGGGAAGUUACGAGAUCACACGUAACUGGUUAGGCUUCCAUAGCUAGUGAAUUCAUACUGUAUUCACAAUAUCUACGAUGUCUGUGUUGGGGUCUCCUCCUAUAGUGGGACUUAGUGUUAACAAGGGCCUGACCUUGAUCCAGCUAAAUGCGAGCUGCGCCAGCCCGAGAAAUUCGGGUCCUAGCUCUCCGUUCUUGGGGAGGAGCUUCAAGAAACCGAGCUGUAAGAUCAACCACCCGAAAGUGUUGUCCAGGAGCCCGGCGGUCGCGGAAUACGAUGAGGAGAAACAGACAUCUAAGGACAGAUGGGGAGGGCUUGUGACUGACACCUCGGAUGACCAGCAAGACAUAACCAGAGGAAAGGGGAUGGUUGACACUCUCUUUCAAGCGCCGAUGGGGACCGGCACUCACUAUGCCGUCAUGAGUUCAUACGACUACCUCAGCGCUGGUCUUCGACAGUUGGCAUUUGAUAACACCAUGGAUGGCUUCUACAUUGCUCCCGCAUUUAUGGACAAAGUUGUGGUCCACAUAACCAAGAACUUCUUGAAUCUUCCAAACGUCAAGGUUCCUCUCAUUUUGGGUAUAUGGGGUGGGAAAGGCCAGGGAAAAUCAUUCCAAUGCGAGCUCGUGUUCGCCAAAAUGGAAAUCAACCCCAUAAUGAUGAGUGCGGGAGAACUAGAAAGCGGGAAUGCUGGUGAGCCCGCAAAGCUGAUCAGACAGAGGUAUCGGGAGGCGGUGGACAUCAUCAGGAAAGGGAAGAUGUGCUGCCUCUUUAUCAACGAUCUUGACGCGGGAGCGGGAAGGCUCGGUGGGACCACACAGUACACAGUGAACAACCAGAUGGUGAAUGCGACCCUCAUGAACAUUGCCGACAAUCCCACCAACGUGCAACUUCCUGGCAUGUACAACAAGGAGGAGAACCCCCGAGUUCCCAUCAUAGUCACCGGGAAUGACUUCUCCACGCUGUACGCCCCUCUCAUUCGCGAUGGCCGGAUGGAGAAGUUUUACUGGUCGCCCACACGGGAAGACAGGAUCGGCGUUUGCACCGGGAUUUUCAGGACCGACAAUGUCCCAAAGGAAGAUAUAGUCAAGCUUGUCGACACAUUCCCUGGUCAAUCGAUUGAUUUCUUCGGAGCAAUCAGGGCAAGAGUGUAUGACAAUGAAGUAAGGCAAUGGGUUGCCGAAACUGGAGUUGAAAAUGUAGGGAAAAGACUCGUGAACUCCAAAGAGGGACCCCCGACCUUUGAGCAGCCGCGGAUGACUCUGGACAAGCUACUCGAGUAUGGGAACAUGCUCGUCCAGGAGCAAGAGAAUGUGAAGAGAGUCCAGCUGUCGGAUAAGUACUUGAAAGAGGCCGCUCUUGGGGAUGCGAACGAGGAUGCUAUUAAGAAUGGAAGUUUCUAUGGCAGAGCGGCACAACAGGUUAAUCUUCCGGUUCCUGAAGGAUGCACUGACCCAUCUGCUACGAGUUAUGAUCCAACUGCUCGAAGCGAUGAUGGAAGCUGUGUGUACCGCUUUUAGAUCCAUUACAAGCCAUUAAGGAUAGUAAAAUAGGGCUUAAACCCCUGAAGUAUACUGUAUAUGAGUUAAAAAAAAAACUGCCUGUUUAGACCGAAUCAGUAGUAGCAUUUGCUUUAUUUUCCC